AUGACUUCGGAUUUUUCCGCCAAAUCUAGAAAACGCAAAUCCGUUUCUUCUGAGAUUAAUUCAAAUGAUGGAAAAAAGAAGAAAAUUGACAAUGGUGACGCGCGAUUUAAAAAAGGCAAUAAUAAUAAAAAAUUGAAAGACGAAGAUUCACUAAGUAGUGAAGAGAUCAGUUCGGAUGACUUGGGUUUUGAAAACGAAAGUGAUCAAGAAAUCCUCAGUGACGAAGGAGAAAACGAAACACCAACUGAAAAGAGACUUAGACUUGCCAAAAAAUAUAUUGAAACUAUUAAGGAAGGAUUAGAUGAUGUAGAAUUUGAUGCUGCAGAAAUUGACAGAGAUCUAAUUGCCGAAAGACUUCAGAAAGAUGCGGUUGCAGACACGUUUUCAUUUCCUAUUGUUCUCUCCACUAUAAAAUCUGGUCGUCAAGAACUUUCUAUUACAUGUGUAGCAUGUGAUGAAUCCGGGCAAUUCUUUUAUACAGGAUCUAAGGAUCAUUCUAUAAUAAAAUGGGAUGUUAAAACCGGUAAAAAAUUACACUCUAUUAUUGGGGGUAGAAAAGAAAUAAAAAAAUUCGAUGGUCACACGAAUCAAAUUUUAGCUUUGGCUGUGAGCUCGGAUGGAAAUUAUCUGGCAAGUGGAGGCAGGGAUAAGAAGAUUAAUAUUUGGUCUACAAAGGAAAAUAAGUUAUUAAAAUGUUUUAUGCAACAUAAAGAUUCAGUAACGGGACUCAUAUUUCGUAAAGGAAAUAAUCAACUAUAUAGCUCUUCUUUAGAUCGUACAAUAAAGCUUUGGAAUGUUGAUGAAAUGAGUUAUAUAGAAACACUAUUUGGACAUCAAGACCAAGUUAUGGCAAUUGAUACUCUUUAUCGUGAACGUUGUGUUACUGUUGGGGCACGAGAUCGAACGUGUAGGUUAUGGAAGAUAAUUGAGGAAUCUCAAUUAGUUUUUCGUGGCGUUACUAAGGAAGCGACAUCAGAUAACGGACAAAUAUUUAAGGAAGGAAGUUUGGAUGUUGUGGCUAUGAUUGACGAAGAUAAUUACCUCAGUGGAGGGGAUAGUGGGGCUAUAUGUUUAUGGAACAUUAACAAAAAGAAACCAGUUUUUGUAAAUCAACUUUCACAUGGUUUACAAGAGUUUGAAUCGGAAAGCGAAGGUUCCAUUAAAUCUCCGCAUUGGAUUACCGCUUUGGCUACCUUGCGGUAUUCGGAUCUUUUUGCUUCAGGAUCAUGGGAUGGAAAAAUUCGUCUUUGGAAAUUGACAAAUAAUAUUCGUUCUUUUACACUUUUAACUGAAAUUCCUAUGAUAGGAUUUGUUAACGCUUUGGAAUUUAUAACUACAACUAUUGAUAAUAAGACAUUUCUUUUGGCAGGUAUUGGUCAAGAACAUAAAUUAGGCAGGUGGAAAAAAAUUAAAAAGGCCAAGAAUGGUUGGCGACUUAUCGAGUUAUCACUUAAGAAACAAUCGCAAAAUGGGAUAUAA